AUGACUAUCGAUACCCCACUAGGUGUUGUCAGUGGCCUUACUACCGUACUUACGUUCAGGGGAGGAUUGGGGCCAUAUAUGAUACAAGUACUCCCCGCCACAUCCCCAUCUGAUUUUCCUCUGGCCACGUACACGACCUUUGAUAGCCCGUACACAUGGCAAGUCGUCGACAUACCAGCAGGUAUAAAUGUAUUUUUACGACUUAGAGACGUCACUGGACGUGCAGCUCUCACAGCGUCCUUUGCCAUUCAGCCUGGGCCUAGCGGAGGAAGUACAACUACAGAAUCUUCCACCUUGCCUACGAGUACUUCCGCCACAUUGGCUAGCUCUUCGACGCUUUCCCAGAAUUCGACGUCUUCAAGCUCAAUAUAUUCCAUUGUCACGCCAGUACUCUCUCUAUCAUCUUCAGGAACAUCGCCAUCGAGUAGCGCGACAAGCAAUUCGAAUCCAAACUCGUUUAAACCAAAACCUAACACCGCUGUAAUCGUUGGGGCGACUGUCGGGGGACUGAUGGGAUUUCUCUUGUUGAUCCUCAUAGUUUCCUCCUUCCGAAGAAGAAUGAGACGGAGAAGACUGGAUAAUCAAGUGACGGACAUGGUUCUUCAACCCGCAUUUGCGCCACUGGUUCCCCCCGGAGCGAGUGGAACACGAUUCGACUCUUAUAAUACCAUCUCGACAGCAUCGAGCAUCACUCCGGGAGAAAUGCAUAAACCCACUCCAGGAGGAUUUGCAACCUAUUAUGGCCCCCUACCGGUCGAGCACGAGACUCGUCCAUCCACAGCUUCGUUCCUCUCAACCUCCAUUUCGCCUCCACCACCGACAUAUGACGACCAGGCAUACAUGGAAUCUGUCGCCAUCCCCACUCAUCUUGCCUCGAAUUUCGCUUCUGAUUCGGAUCCUCGGGCGUCGACAUCUGGAGUUACAGAUGUCAUUGGCCAGUAUGCAACAGCCAACCGAGAUCUUAUCUCUCCGUCUCUGGAAAGCAAACUACGAGCUGCUCGAUAUCAUCCCAUGGAUAACCCCGCCGAAAUAUCUGCGUCGGAAUGGCAGUCACAUUACCAAGUGGGUGUAUUAGAACUAAGGCGGCUGCAAGAGGCCUAUGAUCGGAGUCGAGGACUCGGGAAUAAGGAAAAGGCGGUCCAUUCUGCUGGGCAGGCGAGUCCAUCGUGGCGUCCUUCAUAA